GAAGAGGGUUCUGCCGUGUCCCGCCCUCAAGAUGGCGGCUCGUGGGUUUUUCCCCCUGCUCUGAGGCGGCCACCUCGUCCCCAGCACUCGGGACAGCCGCUCCCUGAGCCGACGGUGCCCGGGGGAACGGGCAGCCCAGCGCGGCGUCCCGCGAUGGAACUGGGGCGGCUGGAGUACCUGCAGGCUCUCGUCACUGAGUUCCAGGUGACGGACAGCACAGAGGCCAAGGAGCAGGUGCUGGCGAACCUGGCCAACUUUGCCUACGAUCCCAGCAACUACGAGUACCUGCGGCAGCUGCAGGUGCUGGACCUGUUCCUCGAUAUGCUCACCGAGGACAGCGAGACCCUCGUGGAGUUCGCCAUCGGUGGUCUGUGCAACCUGUGCCUGGAUAAAAUAAACAAAGAGUACAUCCUGGAGGCCAACGGGGUGGAGCCCAUCAUCAAUUGCCUGUCCAGCUCCAACGAGGAGACCGUGGUGUCGGCCGUGACCACGCUGAUGUUCCUGACCACGCCRCAGUCGCGCGCGCAGACCACGGCGCUGCCCGUGGUGGAGUGCAUGCUCCGCUUCUCCCUCUCGGCCAACACUCGCCUCAGCAACCUGGCAUCCAUCUUCCUGCAGGAUUACUGCAGCCCUCCGCAGGUGGAGGAGGCCAGGAACCUCAGCAAGCACACGGCAGUGGGGAUUCCUCUGCCCAAGGACUGAGCUCGGGGCUGUGGAGAGGUGAAGCUCCCGCUGUUCUCACUGCCUUCUCAAAAGGUCCA